AUGCGCGCCCGACCAUCCGCUAGAUGGCGGGCGCCGUUCCAGGUGCCCCUUGCAGUCGUUGUGAUCGUGAUCUUGUUCUUUGAUCAACAACGAUUUGGUGUUGAUGGUGCUGCAUGUAAAGGUUGUGCACCACCCUGCAUUUGUCCCGGCACCAAGGGAGAAAAGGUAGGAAUUUUGGUUUGUUUUGGCAUUUUUUAAAAAAAUUGUGUCUUUGGGGUAUUAUAAAAGUCUUGUCGCUUUUUACCACUGCCUUCAGUGACAAAAAACGACAAAACUUUUUUGUCAGCUUAAUAGUGAAGGCUAGCCUUAAUUUUUGAAAUUUUUAAGUCAAAAUUAGAAAAAUAAGUUAUAAUAAUACAUAAAAUGGCACUUUCUUUCAGGGUGUACCUGGGUUCGAAGGUCAACGAGGUCAUCCCGGUCCACCGGGAGAUGAUGGUCCAGAAGGCUCGUUUGGUGUUCCUGGAAUGCCAGGAGCUGAAGGUGACUUUGGAGAUGCUGGUGUGAAGGGUAUUAGGGUAAGUUUUAAGGCUAUUUUAAAAUUUUUUGAAAUUUCAAAAAAAUUUUUAAAAUUUAUAAAUUUUUGUUUUUCUAUAAACUUCUUGACCGCUAAGAUAAAAAAUAAUAUUUCUAAAAACUUUUUGACCAGUAUUUUAAAAAUUCAAUUUUCCACAAACUUUUAGUCUUUUUAUAGACUAAUAUAUCCAUUUUCAGGGCCCAGCUGGUCUACCCGGCAUGUCAGGCCGUCCCGGUCUGGCGGGUUUGGACGGAUUGCCCGGUUUGAAGGGAGAACAAGGUAUUCCCGGAUGUAACGGAACAGAUGUGAGUUUUUUUUUGCAAAAUAAAUUAGAGAAAAGGGAGAUCCAGGCCAAUAUGAGUCAUCUGGCAUUUGGCUAUCUUUUCGAAUGAUAAAACUGAAAAAUGAGGCUUUUUGGCAAAAAGUUAUGCUUUUAGUCAAAAAAAGUCAAAAUUUAAUGAAAAAGCUUGUGAUAUAUGGUAGGAAAUGGCAUUUGACUCAUUUUUGUUACCUAAAAUUCAGAUUUUAAAAUAUUAAAAAUUUUUUGAAAAUAUAAAGUUCAAGCCACAAAUACAUCAUGAAUAACAUAAAAACCACUUUACAAACCCAUUUCAGGGCAUGCCAGGCCUGCCUGGUCUAGUCGGUCCACCAGGACCUCGAGGACCGCCCGGAGAACAUGGUCGACCAGGCUACCCAGGAGAGCCCGGAGAAGGAGGUAUCAACUCGAUCGGCCGCAAAGGAGCUAUGGGUAAUCCAGGUGUGCCUGGACUACCCGGACAUCCAGGUCAAGAUGCUCAUUCCGGACUAAAAGGCUGGAAAGGAGAUCCCGGAUCCUAUGGUCCACCCGGUUUUCCCGGUCCACCUGGUGAGAAGGGUCAUAUGGGUCCGAGGACGCCCGGUUUGAAGGGAGAAAAGGGUUUGUCUGGACCACCUGGACCACCCGGACCACCUGGAAACUUUGCCGGACAUUCGGCUCCUGAAGAGACGGAAGUUAUUCAAGGACCACCUGGUCGUUUUGGUACGUUUUUUUGUAAAAAUAGUACUAAAUUUUAAAAAAUGUUACAGUAGUAGAGUACGGUACUAUACAGUACGGGUUCAAAAAGUUUUAAAAAAUGGUUUGAAGGUUAAAUAUAUCGCUUAAAAGUGACAAAAAAUAGUUUUUAUCAAGCACAUUAUAGGUGAAAAGGGAGAGAAAGGACGUGAUGGACCAGUAGGACCACCUGGAGCCCCUGGAUUUGAUGGACCACCUGGAUAUCAUGGAUUGAAAGGCGAAAAAGGAGAUCCUGGAGAGGCUGGCAACAGAGUAGGCUUAAAAACAUUUUUUUGAAAUUUUAAAAAUUUUAAAUUUAAAUUUUUUAACUUUAAAGCCCUUUCGCUAGCCUAAAACAACAUUUCAGGGCAAAAAAGGAAAAGACGGAAGCUACGGAGCGGCCGGUCCAAAAGGAGAAACCGGCUUGGCCGGUAACCCCGGAUUAGCCGGCUAUACCGGUCCGAAAGGAUCAGCCGGUGACCUCGGCUACUCAGGACGUCCAGGACCCGAAGGAGAUGCUGGACCACCAGGAGAGUACGGUAUUGGUCACGGCGACCCGGGACCACGUGGUGUUCAGGGUCUGGACGGCGUGCCCGGACCGAAAGGUUUGCCUGGUAAAGAUGGAUUUGCUGGUGCAGUUGGUCCUCGUGGUGCUAUUGGAGAGCCGGGACCACCUGGUGAGCGUGGUAUGGAUGGUCAUCCUGGCUACUCGGAGAAGGGAGAUCGUGGAGAAGAUGGAUAUCCUGGCUACAUUGGAGAGCCUGGAUUACCUGGCGAGCCUGGCGGUUGUGGACCAGAAGGAGAGUAUGGUCUACCUGGUUAUGACAUUCAAGGACCACCUGGUAAGCUAGGUUUUAGUCUUUAAAAUUUUUUUUUGGUUUUAAAGUGUACCACCUUACUACUCUCUAAUUUCCAGGUCUUGAUGGUACCCCCGGACGUGACGGCUACCCAGGCAUUCCAGGUGAAGUCGGUGAGCCAGGAGCACCAGGAGAGAAAGGUUUUCCUGGUACCGGAGUGAAGAAAGUAGGGCCAGAAGGUCAAAUUGGUCUUGUUGGUAUCCCAGGUGAAACUGGUCGUAUCGGUGUUGAUGGUCUACCUGGAGCACCGGGAGAGAAAGGCCAACGAGGUGAUGACUGUGGCUACUGUCCGGACGGGAUUCCUGGCGAAAAGGGAGAGGCUGGAUUCCAUGGUCCAGAUGGCUACACUGGUCCUCGCGGUCCUGACGGUCCAAUGGGAGCGCCUGGAGCUAAGGGCUAUCCUGGUCAGCCUGGUAGUGCUGGAUUCCCUGGGUAUCCGGUAAGGUUUUGCUAGGCUAAGAAUUAUUUUUAGUUUGGACUAAAAAUUUUUUUUUAACUUCUGAAAAAUAAGCUCAAAAAUCAAAUUUUAGGGAGCUGAAGGCCUACCUGGAAUCCCUGGCUACCCUGGACUAAAAGGAGAAGCUGGAGAGAUCAUUGGCCCAAUGGAGAACCCGCCUGGCGUGGCUGGCUACAAAGGAGACCGUGGUGAACCUGGUGGGUCUUUUUUGACUAACAAAUAUUCUGCCGUUCACUUAAUUCUGUGCUCCUUUUUAAGCAAAUUUCUGAAGUUAUGGGACGCAGAAUUAAGUGAACGCAUCUUUUCAAACCUUUAGCCAAGUUGAACCCUUCAAAACUCAACAAACCCUUUCAGGCUACCCCGGCGGCCCAGGCCUUCAAGGUCUCGACGGUCAGCCCGGCGCCCCAGGCCUUCCUGGCUUCCCUGGAACCCACGGUGAAAAGGGGUUGGCUGGAAUUGAUGCAAAACGCGGCCGUGAUGGUCUUAUUGGUCUACCUGGAGCUCGUGGCCCACCUGGAGAUUCAUAUCCAGGCCAACCCGGUCUUGCUGGAAACAAAGGAGAAGCUGGAACACCCGGUCUACCCGGUCUUCCAGGUCCGGCUGGUCCAGCUGGCCCCGAGUUCGCUGGUUUGAUGCAAGGAAUUCGUGGCAAAGAUGGCCUACCUGGCUUCCCUGGAGCCAAGGGAGGGUACGGUCAGUCUGGCUAUCCUGGCCAACCUGGAGCACCAGGACAACCUGGUUUCCCUGGAGCACCUGGAGAGAAAGGACUACUUGGAAUCGACGGAAAACGAGGCCGUUCUGGAGCACCUGGACUGCCUGGUGCACCGGGAGAUGACGGCUAUCCAGGAGCGCCUGGAUUGACCGGAGAACGUGGACAUGAUGGACUACCUGGCUUGCCUGGUUACAGAGGUGAACCCGGAGCGCCUGGAGUUGGAGCACCCGGACUAAUUGGAUUCCCUGGAGCUAAAGGAGACGUUGGAGAUUCUGGCUACCCUGGUCCUGACGGUCAAAACGGUUUGCCUGGCCUGCCUGGUAUUCCUGGAUCACUUGGAAUGGAAGGCAACAAUGGAGCUGAAGGUAUUGUUGGGCUACCUGGACCAAAAGGAGAGACUGGACUAAGUGGAAUACCUGGAAAAGAUGGUAGACAAGGUCGUGUUGGACUGCCAGGAACGGAUGGUUUGCCAGGAUACAGAGGUGAAGCUGGUGUUCCUGGCUUCCCUGGACUAAGUGGACCAAAAGGUUUCUCUGGCCAGCCUGGAUUACCAGGACGUGAUGGAUUAACUGGCACACCUGGAAUGCUUGGAGAAAUUGGAGUACCCGGAGAAGCUGGCUUGCCUGGACUGCCUGGAGAACGCGGAACUGACGGCUUGCCUGGAGCUCCCGGAUUUAGCGGAGAACCAGGCUUGCGUGGUGCUGAUGGUCAUCCUGGAGCACCUGGAUCUCAUGGCGAAGAUGGUAAGCUUAUUUUGAAACACAAUUGACUAAUUUACAGGACUACCUGGACUGCCAGGACGUGACGGCUUCCCAGGCCUACCUGGUGUACCAGGUACCCCAGGUUUGCCAGGCAUUGUAGGCCACCCGGGAGACGAGGGCUUCCCCGGUCCAAUCGGAUUGCCUGGAGACAACGGCUAUCCUGGACAAGAUGGCCUACCUGGACCACCAGGACCUCGUGGUGAAGACGGUCUACAAGGCUAUCCAGGAGAACCUGGAGCUAGCAUUCCAGGCCAGCCGGGACUGAAAGGAGAACCUGGAGAGUAUGGACUAGAAGGUGUGCCAGGCCGGCAAGGUAUGCCUGGCGGUCAAGGUCCAGCUGGUCGUCCUGGAGCACUUGGAGAAGCUGGUCAACCUGGAUUACCUGGACUACCUGGUGGACAAGGCCGUGAUGGAUUCCCGGGGAGCGUUGGUGAGCCAGGACAGGAUGGUUAUCCUGGGCCAAAUGGUAUUCCUGGACUGGACGUAAGUUAUAAACUUAAAAAAUGAAAUUGAUAAUAAACUAGCCAAAACACAUCAAAAUUGGCUAUUAUAUGCUAUUCCAGGGCCAAGACGGCUACCCAGGAGCACCAGGCUUCAAAGGCGAAGAUGGAGAAGCUGGAUUACCUGGAAUUCCAGGCCAAAACGGCUUUCCAGGACCAAAAGGGCAACUUGGAGACAAUGGAUACCCAGGAGCUCCUGGCCUACGUGGCCCACCAGGCCACACCGGUCCAGCUGGAACUCCUGGACUGCCUGGGCACCAAGGAGAACCCGGCUACCCUGGUCAAACUGGAUUACCUGGAGCUAAAGGCAAUGGCGGACAAAGUGGUCUACCUGGCAUUCCUGGAAAGUCUGGACCACCUGGCUUCCCUGGAGAACCUGGAACACCCGGAUUCCCCGGACUACCUGGCCAAGACAACUAUGGAGCACCUGGAGAGACUGGACUGGUUGGAAUACCUGGCAAAGAUGGACGGCCUGGUCAACCUGGAUUACCUGGCUUCCCUGGUGACUCUGGCUAUCCUGGAGCCCCCGGCUUGCCUGGAGAGAUUGGAGACCAUGGUUCGCCUGGACUACCUGGAGAACAUGGACUACGAGGUAUUGACGGAAAACGCGGCCAUGAUGGUUUGCCUGGUCUUCCUGGAACACCAGGACAGUCAGGCUAUCCUGGAGAGAAAGGAAACAAAGGAGCCGAUGGACUACCUGGAUAUCCUGGUCCAAGCGGAGAGCCUGGCUUCCCAGGCCAACGUGGAGAUAAUGGAGCCCCAGGACAACCCGGCUUCAGAGGAGACAACGGUCUACCUGGCCUUCCAGGCUCACCUGGUUAUGCUGGAGAACCUGGAGACGGAGGUCUACCUGGACCAGCUGGUCUUUCUGGACGCCCUGGACCACAAGGAAGACCUGGUCUACCUGGAUUGCCUGGACCAUACGAACAACAAGUCCAUUCACCACUUGGAGCACCUGGAGAUUAUGGUCUUCCUGGUCUACCGGGCCUACCUGGCGAUGUUGGAGAUCGUGGUUUGCCUGGCCCACCAGGCAAAGCUGGAUUCCCUGGACUGCCUGGAGAACACGGUACGCCUGGAAACGCCGGUUACCCUGGAGAAGCUGGUAUGACUGGUACACCUGGAGCACAAGGCGUGGUUGGCCGUGACGGCCGGCCCGGCUUCCCCGGACCUCCAGGCCAACAGGGUGGACCAGGUGGAUGGGCUCCAUCUCGUGGUUUCACCAUCACCAAGCAUUCACAAACCACUCAAGUUCCUCAAUGUCCUCAGGGUUCGAGCAAGUUGUGGGACGGCUACUCGUUGUUGUACGUUCAAGGGAAUGGUCGUGCUGCUGGUCAGGAUCUUGGCUCACCUGGAUCUUGUAUUCCCAAGUUCUCGACGAUGCCAUUCAUGUUCUGUAACAUGAAAGAGACGUGCCACUUCAGCAGCCGCAACGACUACAGUUUCUGGCUUUCCACUGGAGAACCAAUGACACAGAUGAUGAAUCCGGUAAGUUUUAGCUUGGAAGAGGAUAUUUUAGUCUAUCUUUUCACAAAUUUUAAGAAUUAGGGCGCAAACGGCCGCUUGGGAAAUACGAAAAAAAAAUAUUUUUUGCCGAUUUUUCUCGAAAUUCGUCCGGUUUUCACGGUCUUCACCUUGUUUUAGGCUAUAAAACAUUUAACAUUGUUAAUUUUUGAUAUUUUCCUAAUUUUAUAGAUCAAGUUUUAGAUAACAAAUAGGUUUUUUAUCGUUAUUUUAGCCAUUAAACUUGUUUUUUGACAUUGUUUUAGGUAUCACAUCGCCUUCUCGCUAUUUUUGAGCUGUAUUUAUAAAAUUUUAUAAGGACUUCAACAUUUUAUUGACAUUUUAGUUAUUAAAUUACUUCUUCCUUUGAUUUUGACACUUAUUUUAUCUUUUUUCACUAUUUAGAUAACAUUUUUCUUUUCAGAUCACUGGAACAUCGAUCCGCCCCCAAAUCUCGCGUUGCUCGGUUUGUGAACUUCCAACACAAACUAUUGCUGUUCAUUCGCAAGAUUCCUACGUUCCAACUUGUCCACAAGGAUGGUCGCCUUAUUACAGUGGUUACAGUUUUGCCAUGGUAUGUUUUGAUUUUGUUAUUGAGUGGUUUUGUUUUUAGAUGAAGGAUAAUAUCGAGAAUAAGGAAAUAGAAGGUUUUUUACCUUCGUCAUUGCUUUUUCCAUACGGAUAUGCUAUUUUCUUAAUGUUAUUAUACCUAUUCUUUAAGAUUUACAUGUUAUUCCUUUCAAAAAAAUCUGUUUCAGCACACCGGUGCUGGAGCCGACGGAACAGGUCAGAACUUUGAAUCUCCUGGCUCAUGUCUUGAAGAAUUCCGUGCCGUUCCCUUCAUCGAAUGUCACGGUAAAGGAACCUGCAACUACUACGCCACAAAUCACGGAUUCUGGUUGGCCAUCGUGGACAGAAACAGCCAGUUCAGGAAGCCGAUGCCACAAACUUUGAAGGCAGGUGGAUUGAAGGACAGAGUGAGUCGUUGUCAAGUCUGCAUCAAGAAUCGACAGUAG